AUGGGUGAUGCACUCGACGACGUGUCAGAAGAUUCUUUUCGAAUUAUAGAGGUUGCAGGCCAUCAAUAUAGGGUGUUUGAUUCGCUUAGGACAACGGAAAAUAGCCAGCAAGAAGAUCGUCAUACAUCGUCCGGCGAUGACCUUGUUGUACCAUCCACUGAUUCUGCCCUUUUUGGUCACGUCGAUGAUGACACCACCACCCAGACUGAUUCUAACGCCCAAUUUAUCACUGCCGAGAAGGCCGCUAUAUCCUCUUGUGACGUUCCAAAUUAUUUCAUCAGUAUUCCCAUGACCGAUCCAGCUCUUCAAAAAAACGUUGAAUGUUUAUAUUCCGAAAUCAAAUCGCUGCCCUUUUGCCCGUACCUGGAUCCCUUCCUUAUAGAUACCAGUAAGUUGCACAUCACAAUUGCCAUGCUUGUCCUCAACUCUGAAUCCAGGGUAGAAGAGGCCAAAGCUUUGCUUAACUCUUUGAGCCCAGAAAUCGACGCAUUGAUAGGAGAUAACGAACUUCAAGUCGAGUUUGAACAAACUCUAUCAUCAAUGCAACCAAAUCCCUCUGCUUGUAGGGUUUUGUAUGCGAAGCCAACUCGUUCUACCGAAAAAUUAUUAAGACCUAUCGCAGACUUGAUUUUGCUCUCGUUCAUGAAAGAGGGUUUUACCCAACUGAAGGCAUUUUCUCCUACCAAGCUACACAUGACUAUUUUGAAUGUGAGAACGGCUUCAAAAAGAGCAGACGAGUCUGAGGCUACCAGAGGCAUCAAUGUUGGGCCCGUUCUGAAGCUUUCGCAUAGAUUCAGCGUGGUUCGCCCAAAAUCCAUCCACCUGUCUCAAAGACAUAAGUUUGACGAAAAUGGAUACUAUCAUAGCGUCUCUAAAAUCGACCUAGCUAGAGAAAAAAAUUAG